GUAGGUCCCAAAUCCAAUAAAAGAAUGGUUGGUUGCCCCAUGACAGUUGUACCACUGUUGGUGUCAGAUCCAGGGCUCACAGCUGGGUAAGGCUGGCGGUGACUAGUCUUCUCCUGGCAGCCUGCAGGGCACAGUCUGGCAUUAUAAAAGACAGCAAAGAGCUAUCCAGCUCAGGUCCAGCUUCAUUUCUCUACGCCAUGCAGCUAAGAUGUGUGGUAACGUCAGCAAUAAGGUCUUACCUAGUGGGCAACCAAGAGCAGCUGCAAGAACCUGUAUUUUUCUGUGGCCUCCUAAGGCUCCCUGACUAGCAGACAACUCAUAGAAGGUUGUCCUGCUCCUGACAUGCAGAUUUUGCUUGAUAACUCCUUUCAAGGAGGAGGUUUGGGUUGUGUUGUUGUUUUGGUUUUGUUGUUGUUUUGUUUGUUUGUUUGUUUCUGUUUUGCCUUGCCUAUCCAACUUUUUUCUUUUAAAGAAAAAACUAUAGUUGGAAGAAUAUAAGUUUCUAUGUGGCUUUUGGGGGGGUUGUGGGGAGGUGCUGACCUUCCCCUCUUAGAAAAUAUUAGUCCAUGCAUAUGAGAGUGCAAACACACAUACACUGCAUGUGAGUGGCAGUCAGAGUAUAAACUCAGAUGGCAGUCCUGCCUUAUACCUUAUUUGCGGUAGGGUAUCUCUUGUUUGCAUAUUAGAGGGUAGCUGUCCUACAAGAUUCUUGGGGAUGCUCCUAUCUUGGCCUCACAAUAUUAGCCUUAGGAGUGCAGCCAUUACAGAGAUGAGCCACCGUAGCCUGCCUUUACUCGGGUCCAAAGGAUGUGAACUCAGGUCAUCAGACUUGCUUGGCAAGCACUUUUACACAACUAGCGAUGGGGUUUUUAUGGCCCAGGCUGGCCGCAAGCUCACGUUAGCUGAGGAUGAUUUUGAACUUCAUUCAGUCUUCUCCACUCGACUUCCUAAGCGCUGGGUUGGCAGACAUGCAUGGCCACACCCAGUUUAUGUAGUGCUGGGACUUGGACACAUAGUUUUGUAGAUGCUGAUGAGCACUUUAUCAACUGAGCCAUACACCUAGCCCCUUCAGAUGGUGUCUGUCUGUCUUUGUUCUCUCCCUUCCUUCUUUCCUUCCCUCUUUCCUUUCUUUUUGUUUUUCAAGACAGCUCCAUCUGUCUAGACCUCUCUCUAUAGACCAGAAUGGCCUCAAACUCACAAGAGAUCUGCCUGUCUCUCCCUCCAGAGUGCUGGAUUAAAAGCGUGUGCCACCACGUUUUUCUUUUGUAAGACAAGAUCUCACUGUCUAGACCUGUCUAGCACUGAGCUCCCGAAUCCUCCGGUUUCUGCCUCCUGAAUGCUGGAAUUAAAGGCAUGUAUUAUCAGGUAUGGUAUCACAGACCUUUAGUCCCAGCACUUGGGAGGUAGAAGCAGGCAGGUGUAUUAGUUCAAGGCCAGGUAGGGCUACAAAGAGAGACACUAUCUACAAAAAGAGAACAAAGACAUGUUACCAUACCCAGUGAUAUCUUACUUUUAAAAAACAAAUCAUACUAAAUUAUUUCUUCAAAUUCUUUCUUUAUUUAUUUGUUGUGUUGUUGUUGUUGUUGUACCUUUCUAGGACUAGUUUAGUUGGAAAGCGCUUGCCAUUCAAGACAGCUGAGUUUGAUCCCCAGCACCCAAGUAAAAAGCCAAGGAUGUUGGUCCAACUUGUAACGCAGUGCUGGGGGUAGAGGCAGGAGGUUCUCUGGCAUAUGAUGGGCAGUCAGCCUAAGCUAAUAGUUAAGCCCAGGUCCCAGUGACAGACCUUGUCUCUGAGAGCAGCUUCUGAGAACACUCAAGGUUGACUUCUGGCAUCCCCACACAUUGUACAUAUGCAUGAAUGUGUGCCAUAGCCACACACGGGCUUGUAUACAUUCCACACAAAGACUUACAUGGCCCUACUCAGUUUCUUUCAAAGAGCCUUGGUCUCUCUGUCGAUUAUAGAGCUGUCCCUACUGCCUUUCCAUCAGUCAGGGCUUUGCUGGUGGUUUAAACGUCUAUGUCUUUUUUUCCUUUUUCUUUGAACUGUAGUCACACCAUAUUAUCCCCGCUGGUCUCAAAGUGUCAGCCUCCCAAAUCGCUAGGACUGUAGGCAUGCGCCGUCCAUCAUACUUGGCAAAGUUCUACUUCUGAAACACCAUGAGCAUUGAGCAAGACCGCUGGCAUUACUCAGAUCUUAUCAAGAGAAUGAGCGCAGUGAGCAUGUUCUCUCGGUUAGGCUUUGUCUCACUUUCCAUUUGUAACAAGUCACAGGAAUUCAAGGACUGGUAGUGACGAGCCAGACUUUAUUGAGUCUCUACUUUCACUUUUGCAUCUCAACUCCCACUUACCUCCUUUAUAAUUAUUGUUAAUUUCUGAGGUUUGUAAUUACAAUAUUUCUGUCCUUCCCUCAAGCCCUGCGGUACACCCUUCCUUGCUUGUUUUCAAACCCGUGUCGUCUUUCUCCAUUAGUUGUUAUUGCAUGUUAUAUUCCUAAGUAUAGCCUGCUUCGUCUAUGUAGUACUGAGUAUAGCCUGUAGUACUAAGUAUAGCCUGCUUCGUCUAUGUAGUACUGAGUAUAGCCUGUAGUACUAAGUAUAGCCUGCUUCGUCUAUGUAGUACUGAGUAUAGCCUGUAGUACUAAGUAUAGCCUGCUUCGUCUAUGUAGUACUGAGUAUAGCCUGUAGUACUAAGUAUAGCCUGCUUCGUCUAUGUAGUACUGAGUAUAGCCUGUAGUACUAAGUAUAGCCUGCUUCGUCUAUGUAGUACUGACUUGUGUGGAUGUUUUCAGGGUUAACCAUCUUGGUGUUGAGCAACCAGUUGUGUGUCUUCCCUAGGGAAGACCGUUUCUCUUGCUCUCCACUUUCCCUCGUGGCCUGAUGUUCUUUGUGCUGAGUUGAGGCCUGUGAGAUUGUGCCUCCCACUGCCCUUCUACCCAGCUGUUGUUACUCAGUGUAAAAGACACAGGUUUAUUUAGUACUGGCCACUUAGUUUGCUCCUUUACAUAGAGCCUUGUACUCACUGCCUUAAGCCCAAACCGCCUGGAGUAGUAACAGGACUGUGUGCUGUGCCAAUCAGGGCUAUGUACUUAGCAUGCAGGGACCCAGCCAAACGUGGGUUCCAAAUGUUCUUGGGAAUGUGUUUGCAGAUAUCAACAACAUCAGUUGGGUGUACGGUUUUUCUUUUAAGCAGAGUUGGGGGAAAGGCCGAGCUUUAGAGAGCUUGGAGGCCGCAUGUCCCUCUGUGUUUACACUGCUUGCUGUCACUGCUCGGUUCUGCGACUGUCUCCGUGGAGUGCUCCCCUGCUCUCUGAGCCUCAGUAGUAUUAAACCACCUUUUGCAGUUUCUUCCGUGCUGUUUCUUAAAGGGGUGUGGUCGAUCCACUUUAAAUAUCCUGGUAUUCGUUGGGUGUGGUGGCUCACACCUGUAUUCCCAACACUCAGGAUGAGACAAGCCCCAGGUUCUACCAAUUUUUAAAAAAGAAAGAAAAGAAAGCUAGAGCAUUUUUAGGGGCUAGGCACUUACUGCAAGCAUUUCAGGCCAUUGUAGGCAGUUGAAUGAGUGUGUUCAGUAGUGCUCCACGGUUGCCUAAAAGUUAUUUUUCUUUAGAAUUAGAAUUCAAAAUUCCCUUGCAUCAGCAAAUUUCCUUCAGCUAUGUGAUUAGUCAGAAGGAACAGUUCUCUAGGCGAUAAAAGGCUCUCUAGCCAGACAUAGUGGCACAGGCCUCUCUAAUCUCAGCCCUUGAAAAGUGGAAGCCCAAAGAUCUCACCUGAACUCCACGAGGUCUUGUCUCAAGAAACAAAGAACAACUCUACUCUCUUUUAUGGAAGGGAAAUGCUACAUUUAUCUUUGUUGACUGUUGGCAAGAAGAUUGAUGCCUACACAGUUGGUGCUGUGGAUUCUGUAACCUCAGUUUCAACCAGUUGCAGCUUGAACUUUCCACCUGAGGACUGUGGAGGCCGACAAGUCGAAAUGGAGACCCGAGAAUCCACAGAGUCUUCUCCAGGCAAGCACCUUGUUACCUCAGAGGAGUUGAUCUCAGAAGGAAAAUGGGUCAAAUUUGAAAAAACAACUUAUAUGGAUCCCACUGGUAAAACCAGAACUUGGGAAACAGUGAAACUUACAACCAGGAAGGGAAAAUCUGCUGAUGCCGUGUCGGUCAUACCUGUGCUGCAAAGAACCCUGCACCAUGAGUGCGUCAUCCUGGUGAAGCAGUUCCGGCCCCCGAUGGGCAGCUACUGCCUGGAGUUUCCAGCAGGGUUCAUCGAAGACGGAGAAAGCCCAGAGGCGGCUGCUCUUCGGGAGCUGGAGGAAGAAACUGGCUACAAAGGUGAAGUUGCGGAAUGCUCUCCAGCUGUGUGCAUGGAUCCAGGCUUGUCAAACUGCACCACACAUGUUGUGACAGUGACCAUCAAUGGAGAUGAUGCAGGAAAUGUAAGGCCAAAACCCAAACCAGAAUUUAUGGAAGUGAUUUCUUUACCAAAGAAUGAUCUGCUGACAAGACUUGACGCUUUGGGAGCAGAACAACACCUUACAGUGGAUGCCAAGGUCUACGCCUACGGUCUGGCUCUGAAACACGCCAACUCGAAGCCAUUCGAAGUGCCCUUCCUCAAAUUUUAAGGCCAAGGAGGACACUGGCCAUGAUUUGUAAAUGAAACCAUGCGGCCUUCACUAUUCAGUGUAUUCAAUUAAGUUCAAUGUAGGUCAUAAAUCAGCUUUUUUCGUAAAAGCAGCACAGAUGCAUGUGGUAUGGAAUUAUAAUUACAGAGAGGAUAUAACCUUCAUUUAAAUUUGUUAAAUACUCAUGGAAAUGAGUGUAUAGUUAGGUAUGUUUAAAUUUAUUAAACUCACCUGGUCUAGAAGGUGAGGGUACUUCUCAGGAAUAGACUCAAGCUCCCAAUUAGGUCAGCUAUUUCUACCCAUAAUUCCUAAAAUCAUGUACUGAAGUCUGCAAAUAGCUAUUUAUUAGGCUCACAUUUAAAAAUUAGGUUGGGUUUUUGUUGUCUUGUUUUAAGACAGGGUAUCGCCAUGUAGCCCUGGCUAGCCUGGAACUUCUUUUGCAGACCAGGCUGGCUUUGAACUCCGAGCGAUUCAUCUGUCUGUCUCUGCCUCUCCAAAGUUCUGGGAAUAAAGAUGUGUAGCACCACACAUGGCAAGCAAAAGAAGACUUGGGGGUUUUUUUGUUGUUGUUGUUUUUCAAGAAAGAGUUUCUCUGUGUAACAGCCCUGGGGCUGUCUUGGAACUUAGUCUAUAGACCAGGCUCAGCUUGUACUCCGAGAUCUGCCUGCCUCUGCCUCCUGAGUGUUGGGAUUAAAGGGCACACACCACCACACCCAGCAAAAAUAAGAGUUUUAAAAGAGAGACCCCAGUAGGGACUUACCAGUUUCUCCUAAUUCUAAUUAAUGUACUAUAUGGGAUUCAUUUGGGUAGUAGAUGUAAAAUCAAUACAGCAUAACAUUUGUGGUCAAAGUGUAGCUACUUGUGGUACAUGCUUAUAAUCCACCGUUGGAGGCUGAGGCAGGAGGAUCAUAAAUGUAGCCAGUUUGGGUUACAUUAUGACACUCUAUGUCUCAGAAAUAAUUUUUUUUUGAAGAUUCAUUUUUUAUUAUAGCUAAGUACACUGUAGCUGUUUUCAGACGCACCAGAAGAGGGCAUCAGAUCUCAUUACAGGUAGUUGUGAGCCACCAUGUGGUUUCUGGGAUUUGAACUCCGGACCUUCGGAAGAACAGUUUGUUGGUACUCUUACCUGCUGAGCCAUCUUUUCAGCCCUCAGAAAUAAUUUUUAAACUGUAUUUAAUAUUCUCAUAAGGCCACUUCAUUCCUAAAAGUGUACCAAGAUAAUGCUUCAAUAGUGAACAUAGUUAAUUCUUAAUUUUUUUUUUUUUUUUUUUUUUUGGUUUUUCGAGACAUGGUUUCUCUGUAUAGUCCUGGCUGUCCUGGAAACUCACUUUGUAGACCAGGCUGGCCUCGAACUCAGAAAUCCGCCUGCCUCUGCCUCCCGGAGUGCUGGGAUUAAAGGCGUGCGCCACCAUGCCCCGCUAAUUCUUAAUAUAUUAAAAAUAUAUGAAAACUCGGGAUCCUUCCUUCAAGUGUGCACACACUUCAGUUUCCUAACCUUACCUCCGAAAAUAUUGUUUUACAAAACUAAACCCAUAGGAAAAAGAUUAACAUGGAUUCUACAUAUAUAUGGAUGUCAGUAGCCAUGAGUAUAGGCAGGUAUAUUAGCCAAUUAUCUGAAACAAUCAGACUACACAAGAAAUGCAGAAAUGGUUUCUAGUAUAUGCUAGGCCUAAAGUUCACCCAGGAGUUGUUCCAGUGUUCUGGCUCUGCUCUGGUCUGAUGAGCUCUGCUACUGUGAUUACCUCAGCUGAUUACAUCAGCUCAAGAAAGGUCAGUUCAGCCACCAGCAGCAGUCGGCAUGAUGCUUGUUGGCCAGCUCAACACGUUUGCAACCUAGGUCCAGGGUAGAUCCUGGGAACCUUAUAAAAGCGCUUUUCCCAGGUACAGUAGGUAUAGACGCUAAGUGUUAUUGCCGACACACAUUUUUAUGCACAAAAAUGUAAGCUCUUUAUACAAAUCUUUAUACUGGACUUCUUAAGGAUGGAAAUAAUUCUGGAACUUUGUAGUCCAAGUCUGCAUUCCUAAUGAGUGUGAAAAUUAACACCCAGUAUAGCACAGUAGCCUUCCCUGUGACUCUGACCCUUCCAAUGUUUUCUUUUGUGUUUAUAAUCAUGGCCCUGUCUCCCCAAAUAUACCAACUUUUGCCUGUAAGUUCCCUAGGACAUCUAUUUCACUGUGUCGUUUCCUUCCCUCUUUUGAAAUGAAGACACAGGCUCCACACAUUCGUCCUUUCCAUAGAGCAGGUAUAGGACCAGGUGCAAUAAAAAAAAAUGGCCUUGAGUAUCGGCCGAGAUACAAGGUGUACCCCAUCUUCCCUGGCCCCUGGGUCUCUUUCCUGUGGGAGUGUAACUGAGAAGUGACAGCUACAUCUUAGACGUGUCAGUAGCACAUUUCAUUACCAGGGUCUGUACCUCAGAGGUAGAGCCAGAUCUGGAGCUGGCCAUCUGGUGUCUUCACUCCUCACAACUUUUUUUCGUUCAUUUGGAAAACUCAGAAAGUGGGUUCUAAAAUACAGGGUGUUCUCCAGUGUCUGACCUUAGCUCAAGCUAAGUUAGCCCUACCUCCUGUUCCUACUGAAAACUGUACUUUUGAAAAUAAGUAAAAUAAAGUAUGUACAAAGAA